CAUGCCGGAAGUGAGUAGAGUUGUGAGAGUGCAAGAUGGUGGCCACCAGGAGAGGAGUGCGUGUGAGCUCCCCAGCUAAAACAGACCCGGAGCAGCGCUCUGAGGUCCAGGCCACUCCUUCCACUGCUCGGAGAACCAGGAGGACUACUAAGCAAGCAGAAAGUCCUACCCACGAUGCCGUUCUGGAGUCCUGCAGUCAGCUUGAGCAAAGUGCUGCACAAAAUUCAGAUUUUCCCUCGACCACCACAAAAAAAAGAUGCAGCAGAGCUUCAAGGCUUCACAGUCCGGAGCAGCCUUCCACCCCGGUGGGCUCCGUCCAUGAGGCGGAUGUGUCAGAGGCAGAGUCCUGCUGCUCAGUGGUGUCUGACAUUGAACCGCCAGUGACGCGCACCAGGGGGAGGAGACAGACCCGCAAAGUUAACAGGGACGAGGAGGAGAUAUCUGAGGUGGAGUCGUGCUCAUCUGCAGUGUCUGCAUCAAAACGUGGCCUAAGGAGCGCGAGAAAGAAGGCUGAAAGCUCAGACGCUGCUUGUGACAAGGUGGAAGAUGUCAAAGCUGUCCUGGAGCUGGAGACCGGGUCCUGCAGCUCCGUGGUGUCCGAUUCCCAGAGAGCCACCAGAAGUCAAAGAAAAGCUCGUACCAGAUCGUCUGCCAAACCCCAAACUGGGGAGUCUGAGCUCUCCGACGCUGACAGCUGCAUUUCCAGUGUGUCAGGAGCUGAUGUGUCCAAGUCCACUACUCGCAGAGCUACGAGAUCCAGAAGAAAAACUAGUCCCAUUCCUAUGCAUCUAGACGAGCCGUCAGGAAGCUCUCAGUCUCCGGCUCCAACACGUCGACAGACCAGGGCAGUGAGAGGAAAGGCUGCAGCCCCUGCAGAGCUUAGUGAACCUCCGUCUUGUGACUCUGAAGGAUUUGAGUCCGGGCCUACUUACAGUUUGACCAGUCGCAGAAGUGGGAGGACCAGGUCGACAACUCUCAGAGCCAUGGAUUCAGACUCCGACGCUAUGGAUGUGCAUUCCCAAGUGGGGACCCCCAGCUCCACACGAGCCAGAGGGACCCCCUGCAGCAGCCGCACAGGCUCGGGGAACAGCAGCCGGGGUGCACCGGCCUCCAGGCGCUCAGCCAAGGACUGCAGCGUCGUCGUAGAAAAUGCAUCAGAAUCUGCCGAGGAGGGCAGCAUAUUCAACGAUUCUAAAUUAGAAAGCACGCUGAUCGCUGAGGAUGCAGAUGAAACGGUGGUGGAAGAAGAUGAGAGCCAAUCGGUAGAAGAUCACGAGGGUGUGAAUAUUAUCGAUCUGUCGUCCACGAAAGCGGGUAGAAAAAAGGAAACGGAUUUCGCCUCUAAAGAAGAUUCCCAUGCAUCUCCCUCAGAACCUGUGAGCGAGCCUGCAGUGGUCAGCAAAAACCAGCAGGAGGAGCCGUCUGCUGGAAAUAAAGACGAGGACACUUUAGAGAUGGAAGUGAUGCAGGAAACAGUCCCAUCACCAGAGCGGUUAAAGCCUUGCCAAUCAGUUACAGAAACAACAUGUGAGAGGGCCUUGGAAACCACAGAGGAGGCCAAGGAGACGCAGAAAGCUGUGGACCUCCUCCCACCUCUGCCAGAUGAGUCUGUGGAUGAUGAUGUCGUCGUAGAAAACCGGCCUAGUGUGGGGGAGGAAAUGGAAGUCAGCACAUCUCAGCAGGUGGUUGAGUCCAUUCAGGUAACAUCAUAUCAGCAGCACAAGGUUACAGCAGGUUCUGACUCUGAACCCAAAGACGUCAUCGUGGAGAAGAGGACAGCAGUCAGUCUACUGGACAGCAGUGAUGAGGAGGAGGAAGAGGAGGAGGAGGAGAGGGAAGUUUCUGAAGAGGAGGAUUCGGGAUACAGGGGGAAGGAGAGGAGAGGGGGAAUUUGCAGCAAGUCAGAAGCUGGAGCUGCAUCAGUUGAGGGACUGUUUAUGAUUGACAAGCGGCCGGGAGAAGACGCAGAUGAACUGUACUACAAAGAGGAGCGAUGGGACGAAGAGGCAAGCACGCAGAAAGGAGCUGAGGAAGAGGAGCAAGACGAGGAGUUUGUGGAUGAGGCCGGCGACGAGGACGAGGACGAUGACAACGAUGCUAAAAUCCUGUUCUCGAGCAGAAACUCUCAUGUGAAAGAGUUGUCCAGCCGUAUUGACCCCGGCCUCAAAGUGAAGGAGCUCGGGGGUUUAUACAUCAGUUUUGAUGGCAGCAAAUCAAAGCCUGUCUCCAGUUCACUGCAAAAACUAAAGGAAAAGAAGAUCCAAGAUGAGGUGAUGAAGAAGAGUGUGAUUGGACCAGACUUUGAAAAGAAGGAUUCUGUGCCGCCAUACAGUGAAUCCAAACAUGCCCAAAAGCUGAAACGCAGAGCAGAGAGGGAGAAAUCAACAGGAGAUGGUUGGUUUAACAUGAAGGCCCCGGAGAUCACUCAGGAGCUGAAAGGAGACCUCCAAGUGCUGAAGAUGAGAGCAUCCUUGGAUCCUAAGAGGUUCUACAAGAAGAACGACAGAGAUGGCUUUCCCAAAUACUUCCAGGUUGGUACAGUGGUGGACAACGCUGCUGACUUCUAUCAUUCCCGUAUCCCUAAGAAGGAGAGGAAGAGAACCAUUGUGGAGGAGCUGCUCGCUGAUGCAGAGUUCAGACAGAAAAACAAAAAGAGGUACCAGCAUGUUAUGGCAGAGAAAGCAGCACAGGAAGCUGGCAAGAAGAACAAGAAGAAGAAGAAAUUCCAUAAGAAGUAAAUCUGAAGACUUGAUGUGAUGAACAGUGACUCUGACGGGCGUUUCUCUCAUUUAGAAAUGAAGCUCUUCAAUACAAAAUGGCUUUUUGAAGCGUAAAGCAUUUUUAAUGUUUUGGAAAUUAAACACUCAUUCAUGACACUUCGGAUAGACUGUUUACAUGUGUAUACAUCAAGAGGCUGGCUGUAUAAAACACACAGUCCCAGACAAGUUGAUUCAGUAAGAACAAUAUUUUAAAACAUCCUUGUAUAGUCCUCAUUAAAUAUGGUGUACAUGCUCAUAUUUACAUCUGAACUUUUAGUUUUAUCAAUUCAAGUGUAAAUGCUUUGCUGCACAGCAAUCAGUCCCACUAAAAUACACAGCAUGAACAAUUAAAAAAAAAAAAAAAAUCAUGGUGCGAUUCAUUAAUUUUCUAAGAGCUCGUGAUCUGAAACAAAACUUUGGGGUUGUCAAAAUGUUCUUUGCUGAAAUUUUGGUGUUAAACUUAUUGCUCCUGUGCGUUUUAGAGCGUGACCUGAUGUCGACGGCCUCUGUAAUACUGAAAAAUCAGGGUUAACCCUGAAGUUACCUUAGCAUGGUUAAAUCCCUCCACUUACAAGCCUCUGUAAAGUCGUGCAGCUAUAUGUUGCAUCAUGUUAACAACAACCACUCCCAAAAACAGCUGUUGAAGAACCAAAACUGCGUUGUUAUCUGCUGUAGUUCCAGCUAAGGAUUCACAAGGUGAAAAGAGCCUCCACGCUCUGACAGCAGAAUAAAAUACCUCUGUGUCACAUGACCUCCGUGUCAGUAGCACAGAAACAUUACACACACUUCAGAUGUUUCGGUGUAAGGCUGUGAAAGCGAAUGCCUUAAUUUUUUCAUUAAAGCUAAAUCUCUUUGUGUCUGCUGUGCUUUCAUUCAGGAUUACCUUUGUUCCUCCUCACUCUCCCUCUCAAAUCUCUGCAGUCUCUUGUAGCUCUUGGAUCCCAACAGUGGCUCUUGGCUACCGUCUUGUCUCUUCUUUGUGUUGCAAGAGAUGAGCCCUUAACAGCUGCAGCUUACAUCCACUAUGUCACUUCCCACGCGCGCACACGCACAUAAACUGUAGCUUCUUUAUACCUGAGCCAAUUUCACACACAGCUUUAGAGAAAUUAGGCGAUGUCUCACUUUGGUUACACCAUCAGGUUUUUUCUUUUAAAAAAAAAAGAAAAAAAAAGAGCCCAGCUGAUAGGUGGGAGUGAAGUGGUGCUUCGAUGCUUUUGAACGUAACCUCUGCACCAACAAAAGCAAAUCAGCACAUGUGUAUAUCUGUGACAGGUUAACGUGUUAGUGCCUGUAUGUACAAAACUGGUAGCCUGCAGAACCUCUGUUUUUAAAUAUGACUGUG